AUGGGCAAUCUGCUGAAGCACCAUGCGAGUCUCAUCGGCGACGCUGGCCGCGAGCUCGAUCUGUUGAUAAAGGAUCUCGAGUCGUUGCGUACCUUCCUCCGCAAGGCUGCAAAGAUGCCGAACAAGCCGGAAGGGUUUCAAGAGCUAGAGAGGCGGAUCCGAGAUGUGGAAACCCUUACGCCGCGAAUUGUCAGGUCAAACCGCCUCAGCCUCGCCGAAGAAGUCAAGUCCCUUAGAGAGAGAGAGGUCAUCAACAUGGUGGAAAAGGUUCAAAGCUUUGAGGCUACUGCAAUGGCCAACAUUCCCCAAUCACAUUCGCCUACCAAAGCUAAGCUCCAGAUAAUCAGGGAAGAAAACUUGAGAGGUUUCCAAGAUCAUGAAAGUGUAAUCGUUGGAUAUCUGCGUGAAUCAAAAGAGGAAUUGGAUGUUAUCUCCAUCAUCGGUAUGCCAGGUUUGGGGAAGACAACGCUGGCACGGAAGAUAUUCAAGAGCGAUUUUGUGAAGCAUGAAUUCCCUAAUCGGAUUUGGAUUAACGUCUUUCAGAAACCGAAUAUCAGGAAUGUGCUGAUCGACAUUCUCAAGGAAUUCACUAGCGACGACGUGUCGGGUCUAUCGGAUCCUGUACUAAUGGAGACGGUUGAGCAUUACCUCAAGGGGAGAAAGUUCUUUUUUUUUUUUUUUGUCUUGGAUGAUGUGUGGACUAUGGAUGCUUGGAAUGAUAUCAGAAAGGCUUUGUCCAAGAGCAACAACAUGAGUAAUGUCCUCAUCACUAGCUGCGAGAAGAGUGUUGGAGAAAAGGCUACGAGAUCCUACGAGCUACCUCCCUUGACGGAUCAAGAAAGUUGGGAACUUUUGCAGUACCAAGUAUUUGGUGAACUCGGCAAGUGUGACGAUGAUUUGAAAGUUGUUGGACAAUGUAUAGCCACGUCAUGGACUUCCACUUUCAAUUAUGCUGAUAGCGGGAAUUCUUGUGGGACAAGAUGA